AUGGACGCGAAGGAGGAAAGAUUGGCGAGAGAAGACGUGAAAAGAAGGGAAGACUUUUCUUUUUAUUGUUCAUUUUUAAUUUUAUUCUGUUUAUUAUUUUUUACUUUUUCUUUACUUUUUCGAAUUUGUACCAUUUCUUCCUUUUAUAAUAAUAUUUCUCUUUCUUUCGUUUUAUAUCAAUAUUUUCUUCAUUUUUUUCUUUCUAUAUUUCUUUCUUUCUGUCCUUGCUUCAUUCGUUCUGUCAUUCUUUCUUUAGCUUUAUUAUUUUCUUUGUUUUCGUUUUAUAUCAAUCUUUCUUUCGUUUUAAUUACAUUUUAUGUCAAUAUUUUCUUUCUUUUUUCGUUCGUUAUAUGUCAAUUGUUCUUUCUAUCAUUUUACGCCAAUAUUUGUUUCUUUCGUUUUAUGACUAUCUUUCUUAUUCUCUAUUUUUAUUUCUUUCAUUUCAUGUCAGUCUUUUUUCUUUUAUGGCAACAUUUUCUUCCGUUUGUUUUUCUUUCUUUCUUUCUUUCUUUCUUUCUUUCUUUCUUUUUUCUUUCUUUCUUUCUUUCUGCUUAUUUCGUUCGUCCAUUCGCUUUAUAUCAAUCUUUCCUUCUUCCGUUUUGUGACAGUUUUUUCUUUCUGUCAUCCUUUCUUUUUUUCUUUAUCUCGUUUGUUCGAUUUAAGUUAAUUUUACUUUAUUUCUUUUUAAUUACAAUCCUUCUUUUCUUUUUUUUCUUUCAUUUUAUGGUAAUCAUGCUUUCUUUCAUUCUCUUGUUCAUUCAUUAUAUGUCAAUCUUUCUUUUUUCGUUUUAUGUUAAUAUUUCCUUCUUUCGUUUUAUGACAAUAUUUUUUUCUUUCUUUCAUUUUUUUCAAUCUUUAUUUCUUUCGUUCAUUUUAUGUCAAUGUUUCUUUCAUUUUAUUCCAAUAUUUUCUUUGUUUCAUUUUUCUUUCUGUCUUUCUUUCUUUUGUUCAUUCGUUCGUUUUUAUGUCAAUUUUUCUUCUUUCGUUUUAUGCUACUCUAUCUUUCUUUCUUUUGUGUUAUUCACGUAUUUCUUUUUUCAUUCAUUCUUUUUUUUUUAUAUUGGCCCACUCUGUCAUGCCGUUUUAUUAUUAUUAUUUUCUUCUUCUUCUUCUACUUCUUCUUCUUCUUCUUCUUCUUCUUCUUCUUCUUCUUCUUCUCAUUAUUAUUAUAAAAACGCUAUUUUUAUUGCUUUUCUUUUUCUGCCAAUCUUCUCUUUCUAUCUUCCUUUUUUUAUCUCUCUCUCGCUAUCUAUUAUCUAUCUAUCUAUAUCUAUCUAUCUAUCUAUCUAUCUAUCUAUCUAUCUAUCUAUGUGA